UUUCUGGAUUUAAUUUUCUUGGUUUCUUCCGCGCGCCACUGAAAUGGAAGUUGCACACUUCUUGUUUGGGAUUUUCGGAAAUGUUACUGCUUUAUUUCUCUUCCUGGCUCCGACAAUUACAUUCCGAAGAAUCAUAAGUAGCAAAUCCACGGAGGAGUUCUCCGGCAUCCCUUACGUCAUGACCUUACUCAACUGCCUCCUCUCCGCAUGGUAUGGUCUUCCUUUUGUAUCACCGAACAACAUCCUAGUCAGUACGAUCAACGGUACCGGUGCGUUGAUCGAGUCAGUGUACGUAUUGAUCUUCAUCAUCUACGCGCCCAAGAAGCAGAAAGCCAAGAUCACGGGGUUGUUUGCCGUGGUGCUCACCGUCUUUGCUACCAUCGCCAUUGUUUCCAUCGUUGCCCUCCACGGCCACACCAGGAAGCUCUUCUGUGGCCUUGCAACCUCCAUCUUCUCCAUUAUAAUGUACGCCUCACCUCUAUCCAUCAUGAGGCUGGUGAUCAAGACGAAGAGCGUGGAGUAUAUGCCGUUCUUCCUGUCUCUGUUCUGCUUCCUAUGCGGGACGUCCUGGUUCAUCUUUGGCCUUCUUGGUCGCGACCCUUUCGUCGCUGUGCCAAAUGGGUUCGGGUCAGGUUUGGGGGCAUUGCAGUUAAUACUGUAUAUGAUAUACCGGAAUAACAAGGGCAAGGGCGGAGGAGGAGGAGGAGGAGCGGCGAAUAAAGCGUCAGAGACUAGGGACUCGAGUACCGUGGAGAUGGAGAUGGGCUACGGUAAAGUCCACCAAGAGAAGAAACCCCAGCUUGCACCUGCGAUGGACACGCGAUCUCCUCAGGACAGCUGCGUUUAG